UUAACACUAAGAAAUAAUUUAAUAAUUAUAAAGUGAAUUAAAUUAAGUAUAUGGAAAAAAUGCAUAUAAAAUAGCGAAUUUGUCAUAUAAUUAUGAAAUUAUAGGACAUAAAGAAGGAGUAAUUACAGGAAAAUAUUCUCUUAUGAAUCAAUCUUUAAAAGAACAUGAAUAUGGGCAAAUUCUUAAUCCUAGUAACUAAUAAUGGCUAAAUGAAUUAUAAAAUACUACUUAUUUAAAUAUUGAUGAAAAAAAUAUUAAUUUAAAUGUUGUUGAAGAAAAUUCUCAUUUUUCUUUAAUUUUGGAUGACUUUAAAUAGGAUGAGUACGUAUAAGAAUUAGAUGAUAAUUAAGUAAUUGUUUUUAAUUUUCCUGUUAAUUGGGAUAAAAAUGAUAUUCUAAAUUUCAUUUCUUCUGAAAUUAAUGUUCCUUUCUAAUCUAUUUCUGUUACUGAAUGUGUUAUUUCUCUACCUGCUUUUGCUACUCUUACUUUUAAUAAUUAAAAAGAUGCAUUAACUUUCAAAAAUUUAGUUAAUACCAAAUAAUAUAAGUCUGAUCUUAGACAUCCUUUAUAAGCUUGUACUUUUGAAGAUUCGAGAAAUGAACAUUCCUUAAAUAGAACUUUAGUUAUUUAAGGUUUUUUUCCUGAUUAAAAGUUAACUGAUUUACUUUUUGAAUUAUCUUCAUAUGGAAGAGUGGUUAAUCUUGAAUUUAUUGAAGAACCUUAACAUUAGGCUUUACCUACAAGUCAAUAAGUAUUAGAUUAUUUAAAGAAAAAUGUAGAUGAAACUAAUACUUAAUUUGUUUAUGAAAUCAAUGACUUAUCUUAAGAUAUACCAAAAGUUAUAGAAUAUCCACCAUAUAACCCUAUUUUUAAUUUAAAAGAUAAAAAAAAAGAAGAAAUUUAAAGAUAAUGGAUUGAAUAAUAAAAAUUUUAUUUUGAAAAUAAAAUCCUUCUUGCUAAUUAAAAAAUUAUUAAAAAAAAAAAAUAUACUGAAGAAGGUGGUGAAGAAGAACCUGCAUAAGAAAAAGAAGAAGAAAAAGAAAAAGGAGAUUAAUAUUAUUAACCAUUAACUGAUAUUGAAAUUAAAUACAAAAAUAUUAAAUAUGAAAAGUAUUUGUAAGAACUUUAAAAUCUUUAUGAUGGAGACUAUACAGAAGAAAUGAGAGAAAAUAUUUUUGGUGAAAAAUCUAAAUAAAGCUGUAAAGAUGUUGAUGGUUAAAUUUUUUUGAAUUAAGAAAAAAGUGAUUUUUAUAAUAGAAUAGUACUUUCAGAUUAAUAAAUUGAAGAUAAAAAAUAUUUUGAAGAAAAUAAACAUUUAUUACCAACUUAUGGUAUAGAAUAAGUUUUAUAAGGUUUAAAAGAAAAUCCUGAAGGAACAAUGAGAUUAAUAUAAGAAUUUCAAGUUCCAGAUGAAGUCUAUGAUAUUAAAAAGGAAUAAUUAGUAGAUAAGGAAGGAAAAUAAGUUCCUUUAUAAAAUUAUGUGUAAGAUUUAAAUAAUUACAUUGCUUAAUUGGGAGAAAAAUUCGAAGCUUAAAAAGAUAGUUAUGGAGAUGAUAAAAUUAUGAAAUUCAUAAAUAAACCUUAUAAAGUCCCUAUUAAAAUUUUAAAUAUUGACGAAAAAAAUUCAAUUAGAAAUAUUUUAAAAGGAUAUGGACUUUAAGAUGAUUAAAUUGAAAAAGAAAUUGCUUAUUUUGUUGAACAUGGAGAUUAUUCUAGUUACAUUUAUAAACAUUUUGAUAAAAGUUAAAAAUAACUUGAUUUUGACGAUCUUUAAUUUUUAAUUGAAAGUACUGGUUUAAGCUAAGCAGGUAUUUUUUGA